AUGCACUUCACCAAGUCUCUCAUCGUCCUCACCGCGGCUCUUUUGCCCUCGGCCUUUGCGGCUCUGCAGGCCGCCGAGCCUUCUCCCUCGGUGACCAGCACCAUCACUCUGGUGCCCUCUGGCUACACGUCCACCUCGUCAACUCCGAUUUCGACCCCAUCUUCCACGUCGACUUCUUCCAGCUUGACCAGCUCGACUGUCGUGUCGACCUCGAGCUCUACCUCGACUUCGGUUCUGCCCUCGUGGACCCCCAAGCCCACCAGCAUCCCCCACGGCUCCAGCUCCAUGUCCCGUGUCCCUCACUCAACUCCGCUGAUCAUGAGCACCUCGACCUACGUCCAGACCAACACCGUCGGAGCUACCGAUGCCGCUUCCGCGGCAACCGCCUCUCCCACCCACAACAGCGCUUCCAUGCACCAGGUCUCGGGCGCCAUGGCUGCCGGUGUUGUCGCCAUUGCUGAGCGAGUCCCCCUCUCCCCUUAUACGGCUAUUGGAGACACUUCUCGCAGUCUUCAAAAAAACAACAACACAUGUCCGGAACGACUCGGUCCUGGGGAUCCGGAGCGCAGCCAAGUCGCUGCUGCUUACCUUUCAAACUUCCACUCGAUCGUCAUCUUGACUGGUGAGGAGACGCGUGAGGCUUGA